CUUAAGUUGUUGUAGUAAAACCAAACAUACACCAGAUUGAAUGAAGCAAGUGUAGUGUGAGUUUGAGGAUUUAGGAAUGGGUCGUAGUUUAUCACGUUCACCUUCAUAUAGAAGAAGACACUCUCGUUCACGAUCUCCCUCUCCCUCUCCCUCUCAUCGCCGCUCUCGACACCACCGCCGGCGAAGACAUAGAAGUAGAAGCUCUUCCUCACUCUCUCCUCCACCCAGAUCACGCACUCCCACUCUCAAACACAACAAAAAAGACCAUCCUCCAACUCUUAACAACAAAAGUAGCAAACGUCAACAAGAUGAAGAAUUAAAACUAUUGGAGGAAGAAACUGCAAGAAGAAUAGAAGAAGCUAUCCGAAAAAAUGUUGAGGAGAAGCUUAAUUCAGAGGAAGUCAAGGUGGAAAUUGAAAGGCGUGUAGCAGAAGGCGUCAAGAAACUGUUUGAUGAUGUUGAAGUUCAACUUGAAAAAGAAAAGCAAGAUGCUCUUACUGAAGCUAGAAGGAAAGAAGAACAAGCUCGUAAAGAGAGAGAAGAGCUGGAUAAGAUGCUUGAAGAGAAUAGAAGGAGAGUGGAAGAGUCUCAGAGAAGAGAAGCUCUAGAACUACAAAGGAAGGAGGAGGAGCGACAAAGGGAGUUAGAGAUGAUUCGGAGACAGAAAGAAGAGGCUGCUCGGAGAAAGAAGUUGGAAGACGAAGAACAUGCUAAUCGAAACAAUUCUAUGGGUAAGAACAAAUCUAGGGCUAACUCGUAUGGUUUGUAAUUACUAUUUUGAAAUGUGAUUUUAUACCCCCAAACUUAUCUGUACAACUGUACCCUUGUUAGAAACGCUGACCUUCAAUGAAUAUUUGAUAUUCCUACAGUUGAGGUACAAUUUACAAGAUCAAAGUAAAUUUUAGAUGUUAAUUCGAGUUA